GAGAAUCAUUCAACCAUCAUGUCAUGAAUGAACGGUGGAUAGGAAAAGUUGCUUCGAGUUUGCUGCCCGAUUCGAAAGUGGAAAAUUACCUCCAAAGUGCAGAAAAUGUGUCUCUAAAUAUCGGAAAUCACUACCUCGGAGGUUUUGGCGUCCAGUUGAGGUAUUCGCGGAGUGAGUAGUGCAACUGAAAGGUGAUAAUUUUUAAGGACGCAAGAUGUCCUCGACUGGCCCUCCGGGCAGUUUGGGAUCAUCGUUUCCAGCAAAAAUGAUAGCCAAUGGGGGUGGAAAGCAACCCAAAGUGGAAAUGAAACCGACCAUUGUGGGUGGAGCGGCAGUUGGGAAAGGCCAUGGUGGGCUGUUACCCGGGUCUGGUGACAAACAUGAAUCAUGGCAAAUGGAACUGCUCAUGGAGCGACUUCGGAACAAAGCAAAAUCGUCACAGUACAAAUCGUUUCAGGAAAUGUCGAAAGCUGUUCGGAUGUCCUUACUGGAAAAACGAUAUGCCUUAGAUGCGGUAGAGAAAUCUAAUCUGCAGAAAACAUUAGAUAGCAUGCAGUAUUGUAUAAAGGUAACAUCCCGACAAGGCCUUGUGGAAAGGCUGGAUUGUCUUACUCGACAACUUGGUCUAAAGCUCAGCGAGGACACUUCAGGUUUGUUCAUUUCGUCCGAUAUGUUCUAUCUGGAGAUCAUCCUGGAUCCAAACGGAACCGUACAAGAUGUGAAAGUGCACCACGAAUGUAAAAUGAAACAGCAGAGCUGUAGUGAACUCGUUUCCUGUUUGCAAAGAGGGGAUUUUGUAGAUUUUACCACUCAAUUAGAAGGACUUGCCUCGAUCUAUCAGUUGAAUGCCGAAAAGAAAAUUAAAGUGAAUGCCUUCGUUGCCCUACAAGCACUCGAAACUGAUCUGUACAACCUCUACACGUUAUCGACUCAACAUUUCAGCGAUAUUCAUUCACUGCUGCUGAAAUCUCCCCUCGGAGUGGUACAGAAACGUCGAGGAGGACAUGCCAUGAAGUUAACUUACUACAUCGCUCCGUACGAUUUGCUCGAUUUAGAAGCGAGAAAAAUGAAACCGUUCAAUGCGGAAAUUAUAUCAGCAGAGAAGAUUGGGUAUAGUGUGGCAGUCAAUCUGGAAGCGUCGACCGCAAAUAAGUUACAGAUUCAACCACUGUUGAUCCAGCAAGGUAAUUCUCCCGUGUACAGUCCGAUUGAGAAGCACAAUUCCACUUCGCUACCGGCGACCUUUGUGCUCCGAUUAAACAAACCAAUGGCCUUGAAUUUGGCGAUGCUGAAACAAAUCAAACACAUCACUGGAGACAGUUCCGGGACCUCAUUCGAUCCGGCGACUGUCAGCUCCUGUCUGAUAAGUUUGAUUGUGCAACAUGCGUCCAAUGGCGUUGUUGAAAACAUCGCGAAAGGGCUAUUCGUGAAACUGCCCGAUCAGUAUCAUUGCUAUUAUAUGACCGAGAAUAAGAAUCUACAGGGUACCAUCAUCAGCAGCAUUCCAUUCACUGAACCGCAACACGUGUCUAAAAUUUUGGUAUUCCUGCGGCAGCAAGCUCUCUUCAAUCAACUACUCACCAGCUGUAUUCGCAACAACGGGUCAAGCAGCACUCGGUCCACCGAUUUCGAGCAUCUGGUGGUGUUCGAGGUGGCCGCUCUCUCGUGUCAGUAUAUUACGGUUUCACUCGAGCAUCCCUUUGAGGAGUCGCUGGCGAUGGUUGAGUUUGAUCUGCGGAAUAUCCUUUCGAUUCAGGUUCGGAUAUUUUGCAAUGGUUACGAAAGCGACGAACGAAUAUCGCAGCGAGUUUCGAUGAUUGUUCAGCGUACGAUGUCGAUCCCGGUGACGUUAUGGAGGCUGAUGAAGAUUUGGCAAGAGGAGUACGAGGUCAAAUUCAAGGGCCAAGGAAACGGUGGCGGAAAUGGCACUGUGGAUGAGGGAAAUUUUAGCUUGUCUAUGGGUCCCGAUGAAGGAGGAGGGAACGGUCCGGCAGGUCCCGGAGGAGGAGGUGGCAUCGGAAAUAACGGAGUUGUAGGAACCGCUUUGAAUGGACAACAUAAUGGAAAUUUGAAUGGAACUGGCUUGGUGCAUCCGGAGUUUUGCGAUGUGAAGAAAGUGAAGCUAGAACCGAUGGACGCAUCGAAGAAACGUCGAGGAAUGGAGGAUUUUUGUAGAAGCCCAAAGAGUAGUAAGGUAGAAUCGGAGGGAGGUAAUGAAAUGAUGGACGAGGAAGGCGAUGAUGAUUAUGAUGAGUCGACAAAUUUGAGCAGUGGCGACUCAAACUCUUUGGGUGGAAAUCAACAGACGAAUGUGGGACAGUCAUCAUCGUCGACGGCAACAAUAGUAACAAUGGGAGCACCAGCUCCGGUAAGUACCGUGGGACCAACAAACAUAAGCACUGGAAAUGCAAGUGAGAGCUCUGGAAACAGUUCUAUCCUUGGUAAUUUGGACUUUUCCUCUCUGGACCCCGAUCUGAUGAGAUCGUCUAAUAGUUCGGAUAUGGACGAUACUACCGAGGUUAGUGAAUCUGAAGUUAAAGCAAAAAUAGAAGAGAAGCAGCCAUCCUACGCAUCAUCGGUCAGCAUCACUCCAAUCGGUGUAGGAAAGUCUACGAGCUCGAUGACUAGUUCCGUCCUGAACAAUAUUGGUCUGGAGAAAAGGCCCGGAAUCGAAAUUAUUCCGUUGGCCAAUUCAGCAGCCAAUGUACCCUCCUCGAUAACGAUUACUCCAAUUCCUUUAACUACCUCUGGAGGUUCUAUGAAAAGCAGUGGCGACAACGGCAGUUCCGGAAACAUAUUAGAUAAAAAGCUUAGUGGAAGCAGUAGCUCUAGCAGCAGCCUGCAUCGGAAGUGCGGAAGUAGCAGCAGCAGUAGCACUAGUAGCAGCGAAUCUGACCGAGCAAAACUCGAGAAGAAAAAGAAACGAAGGCAUGAAGAACAAAUGGCUCAAUUGCAGCAGAUGGGACCACCCCAUAAAAUACUUUCCAAAAGCUCAGAUGGUCCCACCUCGCCAUCGAACAGCAGUCGAAAGUUUUCCGUAUCUCCCGUCCCGUUGAAAAGUGGGAAUGUUGGUUCGACUACCCAGAUGUUUCUUUCCUGUGGAAGCCCUGGUUCUGGUAGCAAAUCUAGCCCGAAGCACUCGCCUGUGCAUCACAGCAGUCCUAAGCAUCAGAGCAGCUAUGGAACCUCAUCACCGAAGCAUAUUUCUGGUGGAGGUUCAGGCGGCGGGAAACCGAGCAUGUCGGCUCUUAAAUCGGCAGCCAGUAGUGGUUCUCCCAGUUCAAAAACUGGUUCGUCUAAUAAUGCUGGAGCCGGAAAAGAGCCAAGCUCAUCAGGAAGUGGGAGCAAAAGUGGGAGCAGUGCGUCGUCUUCUUCUAGAGACCGCGAAAGAGACCGUGAUCGAGAUCGAAGCGAGAAGAAAUCAGGAUACUCGUCGUCUUCUAGUUCGUCUAGUCCGAAACUGAAAACUCCUGCCGUUAAAUUGCAGCAGCUUGAUUUAUCGAACUGUGUCACUCCACUGAGUGCGGGCGUGCAGCUGGAGCUGAUGAAUAGCAAUAGUAGUGGAGGGAGCAGUUCCGGAAGUGGCAGUAUUGACCUCACCGACAGUGGAUUGUUUGGUCUAGGUGUAACGGAUCUUUCUAAAAACGCUUCUGCCGCAAUGAAUUCAAUGUUAUUAUACCAGCAGGCAUUGAAACGAAAAUGUUCUCUUAGUGCUGUGAUCGACAAACUCAAAUCUGCCCAAAGUGGCGAUGAAAGCUCGCUGAUGCUACUUCCAGAGUUGGAUUCACAAGCUGGGUUUCAUUUAAAAGAUCCCUCAACUUCCGGUAAAACUGUCCCCUCUUCGAUAUCAUCGUCAACCAGCUCGACAUCAUCGACGUCGGUUCCAAACAUUGCCGGCGCUUCCAUUGGUUCAGCAUCAACAGCUGCUGGUUUAGCUGCACAUUUGUCCUCGGCAGUGGCCGCAAUGCAGGGAAAGAACUCGGAAUACAUGGUAAAACCGAGCUCAGACGGAAUCAAACUUACCAUUCAGAACAAAAAGGGUUCCAAAAGCGGAAGUAGUGGCUCUUCAUCGUCGAGCGGUUCCAAAAGCAGUUCAAAAUCUGGAGUCAAGUCAAGUUCCUCAAGUGGAUCCCAGCCACCUAAGAAGCUUCCAAGCUCACAAAGUUUUAGUGGAGCGUAUCCCCCGUCUUCUGGAAGCAGCAGCAGUGGAAAAUAUUCCUCUAGUUCCGGUACCUCUUCCAAAAUGCCUUUCCAGAAAUCUAAUUCCUCUGGAUCGUUAUCAAGUUCUGGCAGUGCGAUAAGGUCAUCAUCUAAAUCGGGUUCGUCGUCUUCGAGCGGAGGCAGCAGCAGUAAGGAUAAACCUCGUAGCAGUUCAAAAUCCUCGUCAUCAUCGGCUGCUGCUGCUGCAGCCGCAGCAGCCUCUUCAUUGAUGGUCACAAAUGCUGCAGCAAUGGCAGCUGCGACUCAAGCUGCUGUGAAUGCCAAUGCCUUAAAUGUGAUGAAGAUUCUCAGCCUCACAUCUUCAAUCCAUAAUAUGGAAGGUUUCGCCAAGACAUUGGACACCAAAUUUCAAAUUCCAAAAUUUUCUGCUAGGACUGGCACCUCUUCAGGUAGUGGCAGUGAUGUGGAAAAGUUGAAGCAAGAAUCUCGCCCAUCGUCUUCUUCAGCGCCAAAUACGCCCCUUCCCAGUAUUGCUCAAUCGCCGACUGGCGGCAAUGAUUUUCCACUUCCGUUUAACAAACUGCCCGGGGAUGUUUCGCCAUUGCAUUCGGCAAUGCUUCCUAACGUGAUGCAGAAAAUGUUCACCGGUCACGAUAGUUCAAUGCUUAUGAGACGGUCUCCAAGCCUGGACCAUCAAUCGUCUAAUAACAGCCGAGAUGGGUUUGCUUCCAUGUACGGAAAAGCAUCAACCACACCCACAACUCCGACCGGGUCCGUUCCGCCUCCCUUCCCAUCGCCAGGUAAUAUGCAAAGCCAUGCAAUGGAUUUUUCAAACAGCAGUGAUUCCGCCGACGCCUGCCUGAUGCGACCCCCGUCACGUCCCAGCAGUACCAUGUCAAACCACAGCUCAUCGGACAAACUCAUCGAUGCAACCACCAACAGUAACUCGAUGGACGGCCUUCGUAGCACAUCCCCUGCCCAAGCAUUGGCGGCAGCCGCCGUGGCCGCCCAGCUAAUGAACAAGCUCGACAACACUCAACAGCUUGUUGCUGCACUGAAGAACCACCAUCAUCAUCUCAGUGCCAUCGGUUUCAGCAAUGCGGCCGCUGUGGCUGCGGCAGCUGCUGCUGCUGCAUCGGCUUCAGCAGGUUCCGCCGGUCCGGGACCCGUCACGUCGCCGACAUCCGUCUCGGUUCACAUCAUGAAAUCGCCCGUCCCGAGCCCUCUCCCAUUGCACGGCGGUCCCAGUAGUGCCGGUGGACCCGAUGAGGACGAAACGCUCGUCGGGAUUAGCGGUAAAUGACAAUAUCGUGCCGUCGCCUUGCGUUGUACAUAGAUUGUAAUAGUCUUCAACAAUCAAAACGUAUGCAAGUUUCUUACGUGAAACAAACUGUUCAAUAUAAAUUAAA